AUGAUAAUUGUCGUUGCAAAUACCGAUGGCUGCAUCUUUGAUACAUUGUGUACGAAUACAUGUUCGAGCUCUAGCUUUGCAGCUAUUACCCGCGAUACGCCUCAGAUUAUCUCUAGCCGUUAUCACAUCGCCGAUAUAGCUAAAUCCGUAUCUCGGAUCGCAAUUAACGUCCUCCGGAUGUUUUUAGUAUCCCAUGUUUGA